GCACUGUAAUUUCUGAUACAGAAAAUGAAAUUUAUUGUGUGUAACAAUAUAAUUUAGAAAAUAUAUGCAUUGGGCAUUUAAGUCGACCCUCGUAUCUUUUGCACACUUUUUUUUUAAGAGGACUGUCUUGAUAAAUAAAAAAAGUGAGCUAAAAAUAGUUUAAAUAAAAUUAUUGGCCAUAUUGAUUAAAGCAUGUCAUUAUGUAAAGAAUUUUAUAAAAGUUGAAGCAGUAUCCAUAGCAACAUAGCGUGAUGAUGAUGGUAACCAAAAAGAUGACAUACCUAGAUCUUGUUUUUUUUUUAAGCAAGCUGCCCUUCAUCAAUGUUGCUGCAUAUAGUAAAGAUGAUGAAAAAGAAAUUAAACACAUUUUUUUUAAUUUUCAUUUUCCUCCCUCUUUUUUUUUAAUAUUCUUAUUCACAAAAAAAAAAGGGAUAUGGACCAAGCCGUGAUCAUUGAAGAGGGAAGCCCAUAUCAAUACCAAGGUGCUUAUAGAAGAAACGUACUGACACCAGAUAUUGAAAAUUGCUACCUAAAGCAAAAUUUACCCGUCAGACGUCAAAGUCUACAAGCCUAUCAACAAACAAAAAGAAGGUCAAGCCAAGAUGAUCAUGUACAACAAAGCAACCUUCAAGAGAAACUGUUACGUCAAAGACGAAGAUGCGUCUCUAAUCCGUCAUUAUUAUCAGCCUUACCCAUAAAGGAAACACAUAGACAAUCCACUGCGCAUAAACUUGUAGAUUUUUUAAAACCUAGUAAAUCUGAAACCAUCAACAACAACGCCAAAAAUACUAAAAAGAAGCAAUCGACAGUCAUCCAGCAGGUAUUUUCCCGAUUAAAUCAAAAAAGGCAACCCAGCAUCCAUCCCAAAUACAUGGUCUAUACUGCGCUUUUGUCACAUGUAGCCAAAGAGUUUAUGCAAACCAUUUCACUCACAUCGGUUGCUAUCAAGGAUGGUAUUGAGUAUCAUGAUAUCUUUACUGGAUCAGAGAUGGUCGAUUGUCUUGUGACUAUUCUCAAGGUUCAGGAUAGAAACUUGGGUUUGUUGGUGGGACGUGCGUUGGGGCAGCAAAACUUGUUUCAUCACGUUACAUAUGAUUACAAGUUGAAGGAUUUAGACAAUGAAUAUUAUCAAUUUAAUAACGAUGGCACAACAGUGACGAAUGGCGUAUUUACUGUACUAACUGAUUGUUAUUCACCAACAUGCACAAGAAAAACUCCAUGCUACAGUAUUAGUUGUCCUAGGAUGAAACAGAGAAAGAACAUACUGAGAAAUAGUGAUCAGGAGCAAUUGAAUGAUAGAGCACUGUGGAGAUACUCUGUUCCUUUAGAUAUCGUCAUGGAAACAAAUGAUAGGGAAAAGAAGAGACAAGAAUGUAUAUAUGAGCUGGUUUAUACAGAGCAAGAUUUUAAUAGUGAUCUACAAUACGUGAAGGAACAUUGGAUCCAGCCUAUCAUGACAACCGACGUUAUACCUGCUGAAAGAAGACAACAAUUUAUUAUAGACGUGUUUUGGAAUUUGGCCGAGAUAGAACAAAUUAGCUCAUCUCUUUCAAAAGCACUUACAAUACGACAAGACAAACACUCGGUUAUACCAUGUAUUGGAGAUAUCAUGAUAGCACAUGUCAAGCAAUUUGAACCAUUCGUCCGAUACGGAGCGCAUCAGAUCAUUGGCAAGCAUAGGUUUGAGUUGGAGAAAAAGAUUAAUCCAAAAUUCCAAGAGUUUGCUGACAGGAUCGAAAGAAGACCCGAGUCACGCAGAUUGGAACUGAAUGGCUAUUUGACAAAACCAACGUCUAGAUUGGGCAGAUACAAUUUAUUGUUGAGUUCAAUACAUGAAGUAACGCCUAAAGAUCAUCAAGAUUAUGUUGAUAUCCCGGUUGCUAUGGACAUGGUCACUCAAUUCCUUGUUCAAUUAAAUUAUCAGGUUGGAUUAUCUGAUAAUGCAUUUCACUUACAGCAAUUAUCGAGCAAGAUAUUACCGUGUAAAGGAGUGGACUUAGAUCUAUUAAACCCUAAACGCCAACUUGUGAUGAGAGGCAAGAUGAAAAGAAGUAAAAGUAGCACUCAUUUGCAAUUAUUUCUGUUUGACCACGCAUUUAUUGUCUGUAAAAUUAAAUUCAAUCAGCAAAUGGAAUAUUAUAAACUGUAUCAAAAGCCAAUCCAUAUUAAGCAUUUAAAUGCGGAUAUACCCACUGUAUAUGAACCAUCUUGUCUAUUUCCAAUUACAUUUAAAAAUACAUGUACAAAUGAUCAAACCAUUACUUUAUUCACUUCAACUGAUUCCGUUAGAAAGUUAUGGUUGGAUAAAAUCAAGCAACUACAGCAACAGUAAAAGUCAUUUCGUUCAUCAUAAAAUGGGCUUUUGCGUCCAUUCCACCCUUACGACAAAAAUUGUAUUUUAAAUAAACUAUAAGCAGCAUCUUUUAAGAAAUUAUUCGCACACCAUUUAAAACCAAUAACAACUACACUUUGUUGAUUAUCAACCCUUUCUUUAUUAUUAAAAAGACAAUGAAUUCUGUCUUUUUGAGAGAUACAUAAAAUAA